AUGAACUUUGCCCGCGAGAAUGGACAUAUGGGCUGUCGGGACUUGAUUUCGGAGCUAUCGGGUAUUCCUGUUGAUAGACUGGACGUCGAGAACUACGGCGCCCCAUGGUUGGCAUAUAGCGACUGGAGCGCACCACCCAGUAAAUGGGAUAGGUAUGGUGCCAUGCAGAUCGCCUACAGCUACGGGUGCAUAGCAAACGUCCCCCCUGACAAGACAUACGAAAAAGUCAAAGUUAGUCACCAAGGCUAA